AAAAUUCCCUCUUCCCUCCCCCCACCCCCACUUCUUCCUCCCUUAUCUCCCCCUCCUCCUCCUCCUAGUCCUGGGGCCGCCGCUGCCUCCGCCGCUGUAGCGGUCUGGAAACGCUCCGAGCUCGGAGCCGGCCACGGGCUGAGCCCACCAAGGGCCUCACACAGGGCUGGGAGGGAGCAGCGGCUCGGCUCGCUCCUCCUAGUCUCGCUUUGGCUUCCUCUUCCUCAAGGGGCACCGAAGCCACUUCCCCUGAGUCGUCCCCCCCUCCUCCCACACCGGGCUGACUCCCAGACCCCCUCAGCGGGGGCCCAGAGCGGGCCUCCCCCCCUCCUCACACGCCCCACCCCCCAACACAGAUAACAGCCAGCACCCCUUCCCUCCUGGUCACCCCACUGCCCCACCUGUCCACACGUCCAAGGUGACCAGGCCCCCUUGCCCUGUCACCCCGACAGGGGCUCCAGGCGGGCUCUUCAGCCUAACCCCUCCCCCUCUAACAACUCCACAUCACUCUGCCAACACCCCCUCCCCCAUCCCCUCUUCCUCCCAACCCCCUCCCCCAUCCUUCUCUCAACGCCUCCCUUCUUUCAUCCUCCUAAUCCCCCACUAUCCUCCCUCCCCUCUCCUCCUUCUUUCUUCCUCCCCCUCCUUCCUCUUCCUCCCUGCCAUCCCUCUCCCUCCAUCCUUCUUCCCCGUUUCCAUCCUUCUCCCUCCCCACCCCCGUACAUUCAUCAUCUUCCCCAUUCUCUAGCUUUUCACCCCAUGUUCCCGCCCCCCAAAGGGGUGGUGAAUGCCUUUCUUCCACCCCCUACCCCAAGGAUGUGAGCCCAGUGGUCGGUAAUGCUGUGGUUGGCCCUUGGCCCCUCUUAUGCCAUGGAGAACCAGGUGCUGGUGAUUCGAAUCAAGAUCCCAGAUGGUGGAGCUGUGGACUGGACAGUGCACUCUGGGCCCCAGUUGCUUUUCCGGGAUGUGCUGGAUGUGAUAGGCCAGGUUUUGCCUGAUGCAACAACUACAGCAUUUGAAUAUGAAGAUGAGGAUGGCGAUCGAAUUACUGUAAGAAGUGAUGAAGAAAUGAAGGCCAUGCUGUCAUAUUAUUAUUCCACAGUAAUGGAACAGCAAGUAAAUGGACAGUUAAUAGAGCCUCUGCAGAUAUUUCCAAGAGCCUGCAAGCCUCCUGGGAAACGGAACAUACAUGGCCUGAAGGUGAAUACACGGGCCGGGCCCUCUCAUCAUAGCAGCCCAGCAGUUUCAGAUUCACUUCCAAGCAAUAGCUUAAAGAAGUCUUCUGCUGAAUUGAAAAAAAUAUUAGCCAAUGGCCAGAUGAAUGAACAAGACAUACGGUAUCGAGACACCCUCGGUCAUGGCAAUGGAGGCACAGUCUACAAAGCAUAUCAUGUCCCAAGUGGAAAAAUAUUAGCUGUAAAGGUGAUAUUGCUAGAUAUUACACUGGAACUUCAAAAACAAAUUAUGUCUGAAUUGGAAAUUCUUUAUAAGUGUGAUUCAUCAUAUAUUAUAGGAUUUUAUGGUGCAUUUUUUGUAGAAAACAGGAUUUCAAUAUGUACAGAAUUCAUGGAUGGGGGAUCUUUGGAUGUGUAUAGGAAAAUUCCAGAGCACGUCCUGGGAAGAAUUGCAGUAGCAGUUGUUAAAGGCCUAACCUACCUGUGGAGUUUAAAGAUAUUACAUAGAGAUGUGAAGCCCUCCAAUAUGUUGGUGAACACGAGGGGACAGGUCAAGCUAUGUGAUUUUGGAGUUAGCACACAGCUGGUGAAUUCUAUAGCCAAGACGUAUGUUGGAACAAAUGCUUAUAUGGCGCCCGAAAGAAUUUCAGGGGAGCAGUAUGGAAUACAUUCUGAUGUUUGGAGCUUGGGAAUCUCUUUCAUGGAGCUUGCUCUUGGGAGGUUUCCAUAUCCUCAGAUUCAGAAAAACCAGGGAUCUUUAAUGCCUCUCCAGCUACUGCAGUGCAUUGUUGAUGAGGAUUCGCCAGUCCUUCCGGUUGGAGAGUUCUCCGAACCAUUUGUACACUUCAUCACUCAGUGCAUGAAGAAGCAGCCAAAAGAAAGGCCAGCACCUGAGGAUUUGAUGGGCCACCCAUUUAUCAUGCAGUACAAUGAUGGGAAUGCUGAAGUGGUCUCCAUGUGGGUGUGCAGGAUGCUGGAGGAGAGACGGACCCAGCAGGGGCCUCAGUGAGGAGAGAUAUCCCAGAAAGCAGCCACAGAAAAGAAAUCCUGCCAUUGGUUUUUAAAAAAAGAAACCUGCAGCCUAUUGUAUUGUCAUUAUGUUCACUACAUAGUGUUGUUUCCAAGCACCAGAAGAGCUUUGGUGAGCGUCUGCACCUUCCGAGUCAGAGGGAAUUCAUCAGAAUUCCCCAUUGCCUUCUAUGCUGUCUCACUGACUAACCUUCAGGGACCUGGGUCCCCAGGACACAGCCUACAGCCAGAAGUCAGCCAUUUGGGCUGCUGAACAUGUCCGUUUCAGCCCUAUGAAGUUACUGAACCAGAAUUUUUUGCUAUCACAUGAAUAACGAAGUGAUGGGCCCAGGGAACCUGGACACUCCCAUUUCCUUUAUGGCCUUUUCUGAUAUUUCUUGGCUUUGUUGUAUUUUUUUAAAUGGGAAAGGAGUGGGGGUGGGGAGGGGAAGGGAUUGGAACUCCCAGAGAGAGGAAAACUUCAGUGUGUCAUAUACCGACAAUAAAAGCAUUACAACUAUAUAACCACCUCA